AUGUCUGACAUUGAAGAUCAAAUGGAUGUCGAUGCUCCUAAGGAGGUCCAGUUCAGUUCUGACAAUGCCAGUGGGAAGAAACGUACAGCGGCAGACCUGCCUGUGGCAGCUCUAGAUAAUCUCCCUUGGGUUGAGAAGUAUCGUCCCAACUCGCUAGAUGAUGUUUCCGGUCACCAAGAUAUCCUGUCUACCAUCAAUCGCUUUGUCGAAGCCCAUCGACUACCCCAUCUCCUUCUAUAUGGCCCUCCCGGUACCGGAAAGACCUCAACCAUCCUGGCACUUGCAAGACGGAUAUAUGGCACCAAAAAUAUGCGCCAGAUGGUCCUGGAACUGAAUGCCAGCGAUGACCGUGGUAUUGACGUUGUUCGGGAACAAAUUAAGACUUUUGCCAGCACCAAACAGAUUUUCUCCAUGGCUCCACAAGCUGCCGCCGGUUCUAAGCUCGCCGGCUUCAAAUUGAUCAUCCUGGACGAAGCAGACGCCAUGACCUCCACCGCGCAGAUGGCGCUCCGUCGAAUUAUGGAACGCUACACAGCCAACACACGAUUCUGCAUUAUCGCCAACUAUACACACAAGCUUUCCCCGGCGCUGCUGUCACGUUGUACGCGCUUCCGAUUCAGCCCUCUGAAAGAGGCAGACAUUCGGGUGCUGGUGGACCAGGUUAUCGAGAAGGAAAAGGUUCAAAUUCAACCUGAUGCGGUGGAUAGCCUGGUCACUCUCAGUAAAGGUGAUAUGCGACGAGCUUUGAAUGUACUCCAGGCAUGUCACGCGAGCAGUAAGUUUUCCUCGGUCGUUGCCACCCUGAGCACGUUGCCUGACCUGAGUUUAGGUAUGCCUCUACCCAUGCGCGAUGCGCCGAACGCCCCACGACCCGAACCUGAGACGAUUACCAACGCCACGAUUUACGACUGCAUUGCGGCUCCGCACCCGGCCGAUAUUCAAGAAAUCAUGCGCACUAUCCUUACGACCAGCGACGUGACCUCAUGUCUCAAUACCAUCAAUACAUUGAAGUCGAAUAAGGGCCUGGCGCUGGCAGAUAUUCUUUCGGCACUAGCGGACCAAUUACAGCAACUCGAGGUGCCGGCACAAACACGCGUCAGCUGGUUGGAAGGAUUGGCAGAAAUUGAGUGGAGGCUGUCCGGGGGCGGAUCCGAGACGAUCCAGACCGGUGGACUGGUGGGAGUGAUUCGGAAUGGAUGUGAAUUGAUGGGGGAGAAGGGAGUUGGGCUGGCAUGA